AUGCGGCGGCGAAGAGGCGGCGGCGGUGGGGCCGAGCCGCUCCUCCUCGCGCUCCCCGCCCCUCGGCCGCCUCCGUCCGGAGCCGAGCCCGCCGCCUGUUGCUGCAGCCGCCGCGAGGCUCAGUCUGGCUCUGGCGCGGCUGGUGCGGCUCCGGCAACACAGACGCCUCCCCACGCCUCCUCCUCGCUCCCCGCCGCCCUCGCCCCCCGCGGGGCGCGCGCCCGCCCUCCGCGUCCCCUCAGGAUUCCCGCCCACCGCGCGGGCGCGCGCCCCGCUCCCCGGGCGAGCGCCGGGCCUGCAGCUGGCCCCUGCCCUCCACCCCGGUCCGUAGCACACGAACGCCCUCAUUUUGCACCUCGGAGCGCCCUGGCCCUUGAACCUCUCUGGCCAGCCGAGCUGACCCUCUGGGAAUCCGGCCCCCUGAGUUCAGCCCGCUUCUCGUCAGCGGCCCCCUCCCCCCAGGUCUGGUCUCACGUUGCGGGGCUUCUGGACCUCCGAACGCGGAGGCGGGCGGGGAGGGAGGAUGAGGAGGGGGCGCCUGGUGCACGUCCCCGAGCCUUGUCGAGGGGGGGAAUGGCAGGGCCGGGCGGGCUCCCUAGGCAGGCGGGGAGGCCGGGGCCAGUGUCCUGGGCUCACUUGGGAGUGGUGGACCGCCCAGCCCUGGGCCGGAGAUGUUCUCAAUAA